UGUGUGUAUCCAGUGGUGAUUAUCUGAUGUCUAGCCAUCAAUUUGCUAAUAAUAAUAAUAAUUUUAACAUGUUUAGUUCACAUAAAACACAUACUGAUUUUAUGUGAUAAUGAGUACACAUUAAUUGGCUUAUAUUGUUCAAUAAUAAUUAUUAAAUAAUCACAUAAUGCCGUCAAAAAAGUUUACAAAAAUCUGUUCAAUUUGUGGCGAAAAGGCUAUCGGUUACAACUUUUGUGCCAUUUCUUGCGAGUCUUGUAAAGCAUUUUUCCGGAGAAAUGCCACCAAAUUGGAUGAGUAUAAGUGUCCGUUUGAUGACAAAUGUAAGGUGAAUGUCGUGACCAGAAAAUUCUGCCGCAAAUGUCGACUCCGGAAGUGUUAUGCCGUCGGAAUGAAACAAGAAUGGAUUUUGAAUGACGAGGAAAAGGAGGUCCGGAAGAAUAAGAUCGAAGAGAACCGAAAGCUGAAGGAAUUAAACGAUAAGAAGUCCACCAAAACAUACAACGAGUCGUCGAUCGCCAGCUCAUCCCCGCAGACAUCAUAUACGGACACAACGGGUGAGGACUCGACGAUCGCCGAUGUCUUCGACACGAAUACCAUCACUGAUGACGAGAUUAUCACAAAUCUCAUGGACAUCGAGACAUACAUCAGUCCUACUGAGGACUCGACUGAAUCUGCGGACAACAUACUGGCCAUCCCUGAGACCAACACCAUCGUAGAGGAGGACGAGAUAUCCGACAGGACAUACCAAAAGGCAGUGGAACUGGAGUUAGCCGUACUGCCCAUUCCCCGCACUAUCAACGACUACACCACUCUCAACGAGGUUGAGUGCAAUCGCAUGAUUGAGUUGUUCAGUAUCCAGAUGUCACUGAAUAGACCCCAACCCCAGAACAAACUGGAGGCUCAGACCGUUGAGGAUGUCAUCAAUUUUUUUGUCAGCAGAUUUGAGGUCUAUGUCCAGCGAUUCGUGGACACCACCAAGAGUUUGUCCGCUUUUAAUGACAUUUGCGAGAAUGACCAGAUUGCCCUGAUCAAAUAUAGCAGUUUAGAGACCCUGUUACUCAGGACUGCCCUCACCUUUGACUAUCAGCACGAGUUCUGGACUUUUUAUAUGGACGAGGAUAAUUCAAUUAUACUUAAACUGGAUUUAUUGAAACCUGUUAAAAGAGACUGUUACACACAUUUUAGGACUUUCCUGCAAAAGUUUGGCAGUGAAUGGGAUUCUGACCCUUUUAUCAUUGAUUUGCUAAUGCCUAUAAUACUAUUUAACCCGGAUAGACCAAACAUUAUUCACAGAGAAUUAGUAAAAGUCCAACAGCAGAUAUACAUGUAUUUACUUCAACGCUAUUUGCGUUUAAGAUAUUCAUCUGAAUGCGAAACGAAAGCCAAAUUCUUGAGGAUUUUGAAUGUUUUGGAGUACUUAGAAAAACUGGACGAGGUAAAUAAACUCAAUUACAGGGAGUGCGAGAAUCACAAUGAAUUUGGACCACUAUUUCGUGAGGUUUUCGAUAUACCGGCCAAUGAUAAGGCGUUGACCGCCUCCUAACCUAUUGGCAACACUCAUAAAACUCGUGAUAUUUUCU